AUGGUGGUGGCGCCUUGCGGCGAGAACGGUGACUCUGUAUCGUUAUGUGUGCGGCUUCCUGUUCUCAAUAAAAGUAAUAAAUUGGAUGUGAACGUGUACCGCCUGAGUGGCAGCUGUCCCCCCUCUCUGGGCACCUGGGGCUGGGCCUCUGGUGUGGAAGGGGACCUGCGUUCCCCUCCGUCCCUCCCCGAGCUCCCUUCUUCCGUUCCACUGCCCCACAGCAGCAGCCCUCUUAGUUGCGCCAUUGUGGCCAGGUUCCUGCCCCGGGGCCACCAUGGGGGCCGCCGUGGGGGCAGCCGUGGUGCCAGCCGGGGCAGAAGGCCGGGACACGGCAUCCUCCACCCCUGUCUGCAGCCCAGGAGGCAGGCCAUGGGGCAGGGCUGCUGCUCUCAGGGCGAGCUGGCAUGGGGGCUCAGCCCGGCACCUCCCCACCCCACCCCUGCCCCCGAGCGCCACCACUCAGCGGGCUGCGAUCCUUGCCUCGCGACGGACUGCAAGUACGCCAAUAAGUUCCACUUCCACUGUCUCUUCGGCAACUGCAAGUACGUCUGUAAAACCUCCGGCAAGGCCGAGUCCCACUGCCUGGACCACAUCAACCCCAACAACAGCCUGGUGAACGUGCGAGACCAGUUCGCGUACUACUCGCUUCAGUGUCUCUGUCCCAACCAGCACUGCGAGUUCCGGAUGCGUGGACACUACCACUGCCUCCGGACCGGCUGCUACUUUGUGACCAACAUCACCACCAAACUGCCGUGGCACGUAAAGAAGCACGAAAAAGCCGAGCGGCGCGCAGCCAACGGAUUCAAGUACUUCACCAAGCGGGAGGAGUGCGGCAGGCUAGCCCAGAGGUGGGUGGGGGCGGGGCAGAGGUCUACACAGGUCUGGGGGCAAGCACCUGGGGCCCCCCAGAGAUGUGGAGACAAGUGGCUUGCCGGGAGGGGGCUGACUUGUCGGACAGGCUGCAAGUACAACCAGGUGAAUAGCCACUUCCACUGCAUCCGGGAGGGCUGCCAGUUCUCCUUCCUCCUCAAGCACCAGAUGACUUCCCACGCCCGGAAGCACAUGCGGAGGAUGCUGGGCAAGAACUUCGAUCGUGUGCCCCCUUCCCAGGGCCCCCCGAGCCUGAUGGACACGGAGACAGACGAGUACAUGGAUUACACGGGCUGCAGCCCGGGCGCUGUGUCCUCUGAGUCGCCCACCAUGGACCGGAGCUGCUCCAGCACCCCCGUGGGCAACGAGAGCACGGCGGCAGGCUGCCCGGCUCCUCCUCCUCCUCCUCUUCCUCCUCCUGCUGCCGCUGGCGACGAGGCUGCCCCCGUGACUCCACAGCCCCCACUGACCCCAUCCUUCUCAGCAGCCCUGCUCCGGGCGCCCCUCCCCUCCCUCCCAUGCCUCUUUUCUCCGCCCUGUCUCUCAUACUCUCUGCUCAGUGCCACUCUCGGAGCCACCGGGGGCCUGGGCCACCCAGUCAGCAGCCCGCCCCGCCUCCCGCCCGCCACCGCCACUGCAUCUCCAGUAAAAAGUGACGUCCCCCUAGUUCAGGACGCUGCAGGGAACACCAUCUCCAUGCCCACGGCCUCCGGGGCCAAAAAGCGUUUCUGGAUCAUCGAGGACAUGUCCCCGUUCGGCAAGCGGCGCAAGACGGCCUCCUCACGCAAGAUGCUGGACGAGGGCAUGAUGCUGGAGGGCUUCCGGCGCUUCGACCUCUACGAGGACUGCAGGGACCCCACCUGCCAGUUCUCACUCAAGGUCACGCACUACCACUGCACGCGGGAGAACUGUGGCUACAAGUUCUGCGGGCGCACGCACAUGUACAAGCACGCGCAGCACCACGACCGCGUGGACAACCUCGUGCUGGACGACUUCAAGCGCUUCAAGGCGUCGCUGAGCUGCCACUUCGCCGACUGCCCCUUCUCGGGCUCCAGCACGCACUUCCACUGCCUGCGCUGCCGCUUCCGCUGCACCGACAGCACCAAGGUCACGGCGCACCGCAAGCACCACGGCAAGCAGGACGUGAUCAGCGCGGCGGGCUUCUGCCAGUUCAGCUCGAGCGCCGACUGCGCCGUGCCCGACUGCAAGUACAAGCUCAAGUGCUCGCACUUCCACUGCACCUACCCGGGCUGCCGCCACACGGUCGUGGGCAUGUCGCAGAUGGACUCGCACAAGCGCAAGCACGACAAGCAGGAGCGCGGGGAGCCGCCCGCCGCCUCCCCGGGCCCCGCCGUCGGCCUGGACGGCGCGCUGGGCGCCAGCGCCGGCGACACCGCGGGGACCGCGGAGGUAACCUCUUGGGCCCUGCGACUGCCCCUGAGGCCUGGAGGCCGCCGCGCGGUGAUCCCAGGCCGCAGCCUCCGCGCCGGGAGGACCGAGGCUGUGUCCGCUUCCAAACGCAAGAGCGGCAGGCAAGGGGCAGACCAGUUUGACCCUGAGAUGGGGCCAAGUUCCCCCGGUGACCGGACCGGGGGGAGCUCGGGUCCUGCCCACCGCAAGGUGGCCUCCGUGCCCGGUGCUGCCUGA